AUAAACUUCCGGUAAAAAUAUCACGAAAAUGACAUUUCAAAACAAAAAGUAACCACAAACUUAUAGCUGUGUGGAGAUUAGUUUAGCCUUUAAAUGAUAACUGAUUAUGACAAAUAUGUAAUAAAUGGAGAAGUAUGAAACUAUAAAGAAACUAGGGAUAGGUGGAUGUGGAGCUGUUUAUCUGGUGAAGGGUGUUGAAACUAAGAAAUUAUGUGCAUUGAAAAAAAUAGAAGUAGAUGACAGAAGAAAAUCAAGGACUAAGGAAGCAAUUCAGAAAGAGGCUAACAUUUUAUCACAAUUGAAGCACCCCCAUAUUGUAUCAUUUCAUGAAUCUUUUUAUGAUGAAGAAUUUGUAUAUAUUGUACAGGACUACUGUGAUGGAGGAAGUCUGGAUGAAAAAGUACAAGAAGCAAAAGAGAAAAAUAUUAACUUCAAAGAAAAAGAAAUUAUGUGUUGGUUUGUACAGAUGACCAUGGCUGUACAAUAUAUACAUUUAAAGAAAGUUCUCCACAGAGAUCUGAAGACAGAGAAUAUAUUUUUGACCAAAAGCAAUGUUGCCAAAAUAGGUGACUUUGGUAUAUCUAAGGUGCUAGAGAGUACAAUCGACUUGGCCAAGACUGUAAUUGGUACUCCAUCCUAUCUUAGUCCAGAAGUUUGUCAAGAGCAUCCUUAUAGUUCUAAGUCAGAUAUCUGGGCAUUAGGGUGUGUUUUAUAUGAGUUAUGUGCCCUUGAGCCUCCAUUUGAUGCCCAGAAUUUAAUCAGCUUAUUUUUCAAGAUAAUCAAAGGAGAGUUUAUUAGAAUACCGUCCAGAUACUCUGAAUCCUUGAAUGAAUUGGUACAAGCCAUGCUAAAUAGGAAUCCAGAGGACAGACCAAGCGCAAGCCAGAUUCUUAGUUUACCAUUUGUGAAGAAACAUUUAGCAGAUUUCAUAGAGGAAAAGCAAUCAUUACUACAGCAAAAGUCAAGAGACUCAUCAAAUGGAUCCCUGAUGAACCAAUCAAAUAACAGUAUUAAACCAAAAGGAACUCCUAGAAGUGGUAAUACCAGCAUGAAUCAUCAGUUCCUUAAAGUUAGCCCUGCCAUUAAACAUAAAGUUAGCCCAUCCAGAUCUCCUCAGCAGAAAGAUAGUGGGCUUAGUGUGGACAAAUCAGAUGAAGAUCUCCAUGACAACAAGCCUGAAGCAGACAACAUGUCAGACUAUUCUGAUGAUUUUGAUGAAGUGUCAGAUGAGGAAGAGAACAAAAGUAAAUGUUCAGAUCAGGAGGAUGAGUAUGAUGAUGAUUUUGAAGAAUAUGAUUCAAGUGAGGAACUUGAUGAGUUAGUAAACCAAGCUAAAGAAGUACAAGAGAUUGAGGUUGAGGAGGACUUCUUUGCUGACAGUCAGAAUCUAGAAUCUAUCAAGAAACAGACUGUCAUAUUCAGGAGAACCUGCAUGGAUGCUAUUAGUACAAGUGCUAUAAGUACAACAUGUAAACGAAUCCAAGACGUCAACAGGAUGAUCUCAGAUGGGACACUUACAGAAGAUGAUCUCAAGCAACAAGUAAGACAUUCCAUCAGUGGAGAUGCUGCAGAACUGUGCCACCUUAGUCUUGAUGACCUUUGUUGGAAAUACUGUAUUAAAAGGAUGGAUUUGACUUUGGAAAAGGAAGGUACUUGGUAUGAACCGUUAAAAGACGAAAAUGAAAUACGGACGCCAAGAUAUAAACAAAACAAUUCCCCGCGUAUUAUUGUCCAUAACGGCAGUGGUCCUCGCAUUCAUUCAAGAGCAUCUCCAGCGUCAUCACACAAUAGUGUAAACACAUCAACAGUUCGACAUAAUGGCAUAAUGUCGCAUUCAACACCUCGUCACAGUGCUCCAUCAACGAUCAGAUCCCGUCACAGCAAUCAUAUGUCAUCGAAACAGCUAUUACGUCAUAAUUCAUCUGUCAGAAGUGAAAAGUUGUUAGGUGCUAAUCUUUGGCGACCGUCAACUUUUGAAAAUAUCAAGGAGGAAUGUCUGAAAAGCGGCACAUUGUACGAAGAUCCUGUGUUUCCAGCUCAAGACAGAUCGUUAUACAGACACCUAAGGCCAUAUAAAAACAUCAAAUGGAAAAGACCACACGAAAUAGUACAGAAGCCUACAUUUGUUGUUAAAGAUGUCUGCAAUAUGGAUAUUGAACCUGGAAAGCUGGGUGACUGCUGUUUGGUAUCAGCGUUUACAUGUCUUGCAAUGGCCCCAAAAUUACUGCAAAAAUGUAUUCCAUCUGAACAGGAUUUCCAUGACAACUAUGCCGGAAUAUUUCACUUCCGUUUUUGGAGAUAUGGUGAAUGGAUUGAUGUUGUUGUUGAUGAUAGACUACCUACAAUUGAUGGUCAUAUACUGUAUAUGAGAAGUUCAGAUCCCCAAGAAUUCUGGCCAGCUCUGUUUGAGAAAGCUUAUGCAAAGUUAUAUGGAUCAUACGAGAGUAUCCAUGGUGGAAGGAUAAAAUGGUCACUUCAAGAUAUUACAGGAGGGAUAGCUCAUUCUCAUAGCACUACAGAAAGUAUCAGACAUUUACUGACAGUUGUAGAUAUAGCAAUGUCUCAGGCAUCGUUGAUUGGUGCUUACAUAUCUACGUCUGUUACAAACAACCAACCCGGCAUCCUAAGCAACGGACUUAAGACGGGUCACACAUACAGAAUAUCCGGUUAUGCAGAGAUUCCAGUGACAGGAGGGACAGUCAUAUUACUUAGAAUGAGAAACCCUUGGCGCAAUGUAUACUGGAAUGGAGCAUGGAGUCGAAGGUCUCCUCAUUGGAAUGUUUUGAAAGAGAGUACAAAAGAAAAGAUGAAUAUCGACAAACUGUUGGAUGGAGAAUUCUGGAUAUCAUUUAUUGAUUUCAAAAACAUAUUUACGGAAAUUGAAAUAUGCCACCUUGGUCCAGAGAGCUGGAAAAUGGAACAAAGUAUACAACAUCGUGGUGUGUGGUUAGCGUCUGUGGCACAUAGGCAAUGGAGACGUGGAAUAAAUGCAGGCGGGUGUGUUAAACCAAGUGUAAUAUGCAACAACAGCCAGUUUUAUAUGGAAUUAGACAAACCAAAUACCGUUAUUAUUUCCUUAAUGCAGAAAUAUAAGACGACUGACGACCAAAGACGCUUCAUACCUUGUAGUUGUCUUAUCUAUAAGGUACCGCAUGACGUUAAAACAAAAAUGAGUGCCGAAUUUUUCCUCUAUAAUAAGAUAUAUGCCAGUACAAAAUUUAUCCGGGAUAGAGAGAACGUCCAUACAUUUAAGCUAGGAGAAGGGUCUUAUAUGAUAAUGCCUGUGACAGAAAUUGAGGGACAGGAAGGCAGAUAUAUGUUGAGAGUCUAUACUGCAGGUAACUCUAUAAUCAGAGAAUUGGACGAUUUAGAUGGGUUUAAGGAAACUCAGAAUGGUCAUUCAUUAGACUGGGAGAACAUCAACAUGCUCAGAAGACAGCUUAUGACCACAGCAAUACAAAACAAGUAUGAAGAAAUAGAUGCAUCUAGACUACAAAAGGUUCUUGGAACGCCUAUCAAGGAUAAAAUUCCACUUUUAUGCUGUUUUUCAGAAUCUAAGAUUGUAAAAUUUAAACCAAUAAAUCUUUCCUUAGACACAUGCAAAGCAGCUAUAACUAUAUUUGACAGUAAAAUUGAAGGACAUCUAUGUUAUGAAGAUUUCAACAAGCUUCUUAGCAAACUUAUACUUUGGCAGGGUACUUUCAGAAGCUAUUCACAAGGGAACCUAGAUUUUAGUUCGUAUUCACUGAGGAGUGCUCUGCGACUUUUAGGAUUAACUGUUAGCAACAAAACGUUAGAAACACUUAUAAUCAGAUUUACCAGCAACGGAAGAGUGUCACCUGAGCAAUUCAUAUGCAUAGUAAUCAAAUUAAGUACAGUUCACGCUCGAUACAACUCGUGUUUAUCAACUAACAACAUUUUGCUGUCAGAUCUACUCCAUACUGCAAUUUAUUCAUGAGGAUUGAGCUAUAAGCUUUAAGAGAAAAGAUUUUUCCGGAAAGCUUUUGUCAUUUUCCGUCAUUAAAAUAAACGAAACCCAUGCAGGAAAAGAAAAUUUGAUGUAUUCAGCUUUUAGAUAUUCUUGUAUUUAUUUUGUUGCUUACUGUUGUAUUCAUAGCUUUGUUGAUUCAAUUUGUUUUAUUGAACUUUAAAUAAAUGACUUUGUGCCA